UGUUGUUGUCGCUUGUCAAGAAUGUCUGUUUAGACCAACGAGCUAAUAAAAUUGGGUUUAUUGAGAUUUAGAGAACCGCUACGAGUGACCAUGAAGCCUAUGCAUUUUAUAUAGAGUCAAAAACAAAGCCAAAAAAAAAAGUAGGGGAAGCGAGGGGAGGGGGGUUGAAAGGGGAAGGCUAUAUACACAUUUUACACGUUGAUAUUUUAUUGUCUUUUGUGUAACAUCAAAGAUUAGAAAUGCAUGUUCAAAAACUCUAUAUCACAUAUUCUGCAUAUAUAAUUCUCUUUUCUUUCUCUUCUCUCAUUUUUUUAUUUUUUUUCUUCUUCAAUUAUGUCUACUUUUUAUAUUUGUCCUCUCCCAAGUCAAGGAGAAAAUGAUACAACACUAUUAAAAUCACUGGAUUCUACAGAGUUCUCUAGAAUAUUGGAAAUACCUCUUCAUUUGUUAGAUACAACAGUUUCAAGUGAUUUAUUCAAGGAUCAAUAUUGGCUUCCUCCGCCAACAACAGCGACAAAUACAGCAAUAACUCCCGCUCAUCAUGUAGAUGAUACAGAGUUUGAUGUCAAUACGACACUUGUAUUAGCCAAUAGAAAAAGGUCUAUGGUCAAGAGAAGAAAAUCAGUUCUAUCAUCUUCUUUUACAGUUCAUGAUGAAGAAGAGAACAAGACAACACAGCCACAAGAAGACACACAGGUUCUUGAAAAGGAGCAAGAGAACCAACUUUAUUUACAAGAAAAUCUGACAUUUAACUUGCAAGACGAUGUUCAUUUUUCUUCUACAACCGAGGAAAAGACCCAGACGAAUCAAGAAGAACCCGAUGUUGAGCAAGACACACUUUCUUCUUUGGUUACUCACCAAGACAGUCCAAAACAAGUAAUCCAUCCAAAAGAUUCGGCUAUUGACUUGUCACUAGAUACUCAAGUCUUUGACCCACCUUUUUCUCCUGAAGUUUCUCCUAUUCUAGUGAAAAAAACAAAAAAGAAGGUUUCUUCAUGGUCGCCCCGAAAGAUCUUUUCGUCUUCGAGUGACACGAGCCAAAAGAAACUCAACAAAAAAUCAUCUUCUUCGUCACUGAAUAGUAUUGAUUCCGUAGACUCAGCUGAACUCAAGGAACGAUUCCAUUUUUCUUCCUUGUUUUCUCGAAAGUCAUCUGCUAAUGCUGCCAAGAAAAGUAAGCAGCUGCAACAACAGCAGCAACAGCAACAACAACAACAACAACAAAAUCAAGAAAAACAAACACAAGUCAACCACUAUAAUUAUACACGAUUACCAAUCCAUACUGAACGAGCCAUUUAUCGUCUAUCACAUCUCAAACUAACAAAUCCAAAAAGACCUCUUCGAGAUCAAGUGGUGAUAUCCAAUCAUAUGUUUUGGUAUCUUUCUGUUGUUUCGAAUCAUACUGAGUCUUCCACAAAUGUACAUCAAAUGAUUACGAUGACAAAAAGACAUCAUCGCCUACAACAACAGCAACAGAAAAGCAAACAAAAGAAUCGAUACCCAGCUCCUCUUCCCAUACCUCAAAACAAGCGACUUGUUACUAAAAAAUAUCCAGCACAUUUAAAUUCAAGUUCUGAAGACGAAGAUGAAUCAGAAGAUGAAGCCUUGGAUGACAGCGAUCAAGAAGAAAACAAUCAAGUAGAAAACAAGACAAAAAAGAGUUCUUUUCUAAAGACUAAAAACAAAUGGUUGUCAAAAAAAAAACAAGUUGACAGUGAAGAAGAAGAGGAGGGAGAUGAUAUACCUCUAGCCAUGUAUCAAAAGGCAACAAAGUAAUACUCUUUGUUUUUAUACCAACACAAAAUAAAACCGUCUUUACAAAAGUA